AUGACUGAAAGAAAUGAUAAAAAUGUAGAGGGAACAGCAAUCAACGAGCUGACCUCUAAAAUUUUUAAUCGAACGCCGAGUGGUUUAAUAUUCUCAGAAGACUUGAAACGUAUCUACUCGAUUUUGCUGAUUUGUUUGGAUUUGUGUGAAAAUCCAAAGGCCGGUCAGAACAAACUUCUGCCAAAUUUCAUUAAGAGUUAUCCUUUUUCUUUUCAUGUUCGAGAGGCCAUUACCAAAAUGGAACACUUACCGCUGAAUGUUACUAUUGGUUCAGCAAGUAUAAAUAUCUCAUAUUCAAUUCGACCUGAAUUGGCUUAUAAGUUACUAGAAAUUUUUAUGGAUGCCAAGUUAUUGCACGCACCAGCAGACAGGACACGAUCCGAACCAAAAGAAAAAGUUUUACUACAGCCAACCCCAAAAGGUGUUGCAAUACUUCAAAGGUAUGUACGACAAGCAGGACUAAAAGACUGGCCACCCAUUUUAACUUCCGAUUUCAAUUCGAUGGAAUUAUUCGUUUUCGAAAGAAGUUCUAUGACGGAUGCGAUAAUUCAAAGUAGUUAUUUUAUCUCAGUUUUGUUCACUAAGAUGAUGGGACCAUCACCUAACAUCUGGACUCCAACAAAUCCUCCAGAUAGUUUACCCUCUUUGAAUAAGUUGUUGGAAUGCCACGAAGAUUAUUUUUCUUUCGAAAAUCUUAAUAAUCAUUGGGACUCGAAGCUUAAUAUCCCGCAAACAGCUCCUGCAAACCAUACUGGCUCGAUCAGAUAUACUCAACAAUCUGAAAAACUGCAAAACGAAAGUAGAUUAUCUCCAUUUGCCCAUCGUUUCUUCACAAACCCUGAUUCUACCGCUCAUAUUCAAUACUACGUUUCAGACUGUGGUAUCAGAGUUUUCAAGUCGCGGCUUUUUGGCGAUAGAAAGCUUUUGGUUGAUUACACUUUUACAACUAAGGCAAUCUGGCAGUGGCUGAUGGACUGUACUGAUAUAUUUUACCCCAAAGAAGCGGUAAUUCUCGCAUCGUACUUUCUAAAAAAUGGCCUAAUGACACAAGUACCUUCGAGAUCUUCAAAAAAUAAUAAGUUUUUCAUCUCCUCCAAUAGCUUCUAUACGUUAACGGAACUCGGAUGGAACAUUAUCCAAUGGAAUACAGAAUUAGGUAUAAAAGCAUGUAUCCAAACUAUUGAUGGAAAAGUUGAACGUCAAAUCCCAAAGAUGAUAGAGACUUUUCGAGAUUCUCGAGUUUAUGGAAGAUCUUUUGAAUCUGAACAUGCUAUGCAUGUUUUCAAUUCACCUAUGCCAUUAGACUUAAAUCAGGUGUUGAAAGAUCCUGGUAUGAGAUAUUUAUUCAGGAUUCAUUUAGAAAAAGAGUUCUGUGCUGAGAAUCUUGAUGCAUAUAUUGAAAUCAAGAAGUUUUCCAAGAAAAUGACAGUUUUGAGAAACUUGAUUGAAACGCGUGCAUUAGGAAAGGAAGAUCAUCAAACCUCUCAGAAAUCGAAACAUUUCAGCAGCCUCUUGAUUAGCACAGUCAACAUUGCACUUAUCAACCAUGCAAACGAGUGCUUGGAAAUGGCAUAUCGCAUUUUUUCAUCGUAUAUUGCCAUCGGGUCAUCCUUUCAGCUGAAUAUCGAUUAUUCUCUACGCGAGUGCAUCACUGAAGUCGUCCUACGUCCUCGAUCAAUCCUCGAUGUGCCAAAUGUUCACGCAUUCGCAUCUUGUAACUCUUUACAGUUGAACAGUUGCAGCCAGAGCGGAUUGUCUACAAUCGUGUUACCCGCGCAGAGCCCUCGAGAAAUUAUUAGUCAACCUGGCAGGAAAAAGUGUAACACUUCACUUUUCAAUUCUAAAUUCAUUUCGAUUGGAGACAAUGAUGUCUCGAGAACGGCAGGAAAACGGUCACUUGACAUUCUUCAUGAGAACUCAUCUUCAAAUGUUCAAAAAUUACCUGAUACUUUGAGAAUCCUAAAAGAGCUAUAUCCACUGUUUGAAAGAGUUAGUAAAAGGCUGUAUCGACUCAUGAAAGUCGAUUCAUUUCCAAAAUUCAUAAACUCUAAGCUAACCCAUGGAGCCUUCUCUUGA